GCAUUUCGACUCAGCCCACUGAACGACUGGAAGGAAUUUUGCAGGCCCACCAGAGACCCCCAGAUUCCACUUGUAAAACCAUUGAUCUAAAAACUACGUCUUGACUUCAGAACACUUCUUUUGAUCUGGAAUUAUCUAUUAUUGACCACAGAGAGCAGCCACUGACGAUUUCCUGGAACAGGGCCCUGUAUAGAGAGAGGCCUCCUGGGAUGGAUGUCACCCGCCUACUCCUGGCCACCCUGCUGGUCUUCCUCUGCUUCUUCACUGCCAACAGCCACCUGCCACCUGAGGAGAAGCUCCGAGAUGACAGGAGCCUGAGAAGCAACUCCUCUGUGAACCUACUGGAUUUCCCUUCUGUCUCUAUUGUGGCGCUGAACAAGAAAUCCAAACAGAUCGGCAGAAAAGAAGCAGAAAAGAAAAGAUCUUCUAAGAAGGAGGCUUCGAUGAAGAAAGUGGCGCGGCCCCGGACCCCCCUAUCUGCGCCCUGCGUGGCCACCCGCAACAGCUGCAAGCCGCCGGCACCCGCCUGCUGCGACCCGUGCGCCUCCUGCCAGUGCCGCUUCUUCCGCAGCGCCUGCUCCUGCCGCGUGCUCAGCCUCAACUGCUGAGCGCCCCCACUCCCGGCCGCGAGCGGGCAGGGCUUCGGGGACGCGGGGCGCUUCUCGGGCGGGUGAUCCCUAACAGGGCGGCUUCCCAGGGCUGCAGGCGGGCGGAGGUUCCAGGAGAUGGGACUUCAGGGAGACCUGGCUUGGGCUAAAAUCGAAAUACAAUAUAUAUACGCUGCUCGAAGGUGUGCGGCUGUUUCUGUAAAGGUCCCGAAAGUUCUCGGUCCCUUCGCCACGGAGUCCCGCGCUGCUCUCCCGGGGCUCAGGAAACCCGGGCGUCCCAGCCUCACAGCUGCACUCCCAGUCACCGCUGCUGCCGACCUGGGGGUUAGGAACGAGGCUAUCCCCUGCCUUUAAACCUGGGAACACCCGAGGCUGCCUCCAAAACCAGGAAAUUCAGACCAGCCAGGAAGAAAGGAACAGCCUUUCAGUCUCACACAUUUCCUCCUAGGUGCUCCCCUCUCCCCAGGGGGAAAAAAAAACGGAAAGAAAGAAAGAGGCCAGGCGCGGUGGCUCACGCCUGUAAUCCCAGCACUUUGGGAGGCCGAGGCGGGCGGAUCUCCUGAGGUCUGGAGAUCGAGACCAUCCUGACCAAUAUGGAGAAACCCCGUCUCUACAAAAAAUAUAAAAUUAUUUGGGUGUGGUGGCGCAUGCGGUAAAUCUCAGCUACUUGGGAGGCUGAGGCAGGAGAAUCGCUUGAACCCGGGAGGCGGAGGUUGCAGUGAGCUGAGAUCACGCCGUUGCACUCCAGUCUGGGCAACAAGAGCGAAACGCUGUCUAAAAAAAAAGAAAAAAAAAAAAACAAGAAAAAAGAAAGAAAUCCGAGGCUGGACGAUCACUUGAGGCCAGAAGUUCAAGACCAGCCUGGGCUACAUAGUGAGAGACUCCCCGCCACCCCACCGGUCUGUACAAAAAAUUUUAAAAAUUAGCCGGGUGUGGUGGCGUGCACCGGUAGUCCCAGCUACUCAGGCAGCUAAGUCAGGAGAAUCACUUGAGCCCUGGAGUUGGAGGCUGCAGUGAGCUAUGAUCACACCACUGCACUCCAGACUUGGCCACAGAGUGAAACUCUGGUUAAAAAAAAAAAAAAAGGAAAUAAUCAUUCCUGUUCUUGUUAUAAAUCCAAGGUAGUGUCCUGUUCCCUCUCUGUUCCUUAACACAAGAAACAAACACACACACCCCCACACAGGAAAGCUGCCAGAUGCUUGUUUUGUUUUCUGUUAUUUAGGUUGCAGUCCUACAGGGCAAGAACCUUUUGUUCCUUGUACCACAGUUGCUGCUGAGUAAAUGUCAUAUUGGGAAGAUACCGCAGUCACUCCUCGUACCACAGUUGCUGCUGAGUAAAUGUCAUAUUGGGAAGAUACCGCAGUCACUCCUCGUGUUUUCCAGACACUGUUCACCAAGCAGGCACCAUUUGGCCCCCAGGGGUGAGGCCAGGAUGCAAAGCUAAAGACUCAGUCGAUUAGUAACAAAGCCACUUGGCUGCUGGGUCCAGACAACCACAUGGAAGACCAACCCAUUCAUUCAUUCAUUCAGCAAAUGUGUAUUGAGCACCUAGUGUGUGCCAGGUGCUGUGGACAUAGUGGUGAAGAAGUCCAAUAUGGAUCCUCUCCUUACAGAGCUUAUGGGCCAGUGACCCAUGGCCAUUGUCUCUUGUUAGAGGUUAGAACCGUUGUUAGCAUAUGUGGUCUAUUCCCUCAGACUAUCAGUUUUGGUUUUUCUUUAGAGAUGGGGUCUUGCUAUGUUGCUCAAGCUGGUCUCAAACUCCUGGCCUCAAGCAAUCCUCCUGCCUCAACCUCCCAAAGUGCUGAGAUUACAGACAUGAGCCACUGGGCCCAGCCAGUUCUUGCUUUUGUUUGUUUGUUUGUUUGUUUUGAGAAAGAGUCUCACUCUGUCACUCAGGUGGGAGUGCAGUGGUGCAAUCUUGCCUCACUGGAGCCUCCAACUCCCAGGCUCAAGCUAUCCCCCAACCUCAGCCUCCCAAGUAGCUAAUUUUUGUAUUUUUAGUAGAGACAGGGUUUCGCCAUGAUGGCCAGGCUGGUCUCAAACUCCUGGCUUCAAGUGAACCACCCACCUCAGCCUCCCAAAGUGCUGGGAUUACAGGUAUGAGCCACCACGCCCCACCUCCUUCUCCUUUUCAGAAUUCCUCCUCAAGCCUAAAGUGCUAAGAGCAUGGUCCUGGGCCUCUCAAAACUCUGCUGGUCUAAUGACCAGAACUGAAACUCACAUUUGUGACUCAGAGUUAUGGUUUGAUUGUUGUGAGAAUCUGGGAACGCCGUCUCCAACACCAUUAUUCAUUCUAUUUCUGUCUCACACACAUAGGGUGAACUUGACCUAGGAAGAUUUGCCCUACCUU